AUGGAAAGAACAAGAUAUGCAUAUGAAAAGUAUCGUGAAGUUAGAAGUCAAAUUACAUCUGGUCGAACCUUUACAGUAAACUUUGACGAAGGAAAGAACAAAGAAGGCUUCAUGGGAGUACUUGCUGCCAUACAAGACGGAAAUAAGAAAGGACACAAUCUCAAAUUGACCAUAACAGAUUUGGAUGGUCACAUUUACUAUGCACAUGGCAAUGAACAAACAGCCGCAAAACUUCUUGACGCUUUCAAGACUACAAAGAGAGAACAAAUGGUUGACUCAGACUCAGACAUUUUGAAUGCAAUUGAAGGAAUUGCAAGUGUCAAGUUCGAAUGGUACCAACCUAACCCUCAAGCAGUCAGACAACAUGCUGGAUACUUCCCCUUCAUAAAUAAGUCUGACAUUGACUUGACAAGGUAUGGAAUUUACAAUUCAAUUGAAACAAUUGUCAAUGAACCUUGUAUUCUUACAUGUCUCAGGAACUCUGGUCUUGUUACAGAUGAGAAGAUGAAGUAUCUUGAGUCAUGUGUGAAGACAAGGUACAUGCUCAGAGGUCAAUUGGCAAAAAUUGCACCGUUGGCAAAUGUCAAUAUCCGAGUCAACAUACCUACAGCUAAAGGUUCUUCACAUGACGACUAUGUUGUUGAGUUCAAUUUACCAUGGUUGAAGAUUGUAAUUGUCCACAACCACUUCAUGUUGAACGAAAGUCUUACAAACCCAUUGUUCGGAAAAGGCAAGUGCAACAUUGUCAGAGCUGUAAACAUUCUUUUCGAGAAAGGUUUGUUGGAACCAAUUCCAGAUGACAAGCUGACAGAAACUUUUGUACCAAAAGACGAAACAAACUUUUCACUGUUAGCAAGACCAAAAGUUGUUCCAGACAAA